UUUCUCUUUAUUACUCACUCUAGUCUUCAGACUUCACUCUCUCCAUUCUCCAACCAUCCUCAGGCUCAGCUCACUGUUUCUCCUUCCCCCUCUCGCUUUGUACAAAAUUACAAAACAACACCCCGCCGGAGCAGAAUUCGCCUGAGACGCAGCGGCGGGAGAAAAAAGCGAAAGCGAUGAGUUGCAACGGGUGCCGAGUAUUGCGCAAGGGAUGCGGCGAGAAUUGCGUCCUCCGAUCUUCCCUAAACUGGAUUCCCACGCCGCAAGCGCAGGGGAACGCCACCUUGUUUCUCGCCAAAUUCUUCGGCCGUAGCGAUCUGCUCUCCUUCAUCUCCGCCGUCCCCGAAUCCCAACGCCCUGCUCUGUUCCAGUCGCUGCUAUACGAGGCGUGCGGACGGACGGUGAACCCGGUGAACGGGGCGGUGGGACUGCUGUGGAGCGGGAACUGGAGAUUGUGCGAGGCCGCGGUGGAGACGGUACUCGCCGGAGGAUCGCUUCAUCCGUUACCGGGAAUCGCGGCGGUGGCUGAUGAGUCAGCAGACAGCUUUUCCGCCGUUGGAUCGGGUCGUCAGCUGCGGCCGAUUUCGGGGGUAGGGAGUGAGAAUUGUCGAUCCUCUGACCAACAUCGUUUUCCUCUGUUGACGCCGGGCGGAAGCGAGCGGCGGGUGAGUAAGCUGGCGACGGGGGGAACGUCGUUCUUUGGGGAGGAAUCGGAGACGACGACUUUCGAGAGCAGCGGCGGGGACCGGAAGAAGCUGCUUAAUCUUUUUGUUUGAGUAGAGAAACUAAAGAAAAUAAAGUACUGCUGAGAGAGUAGAGAAGAGAGGAAAUUAAGGAGCAAAAGCUGAGAGGGGGGGAGGAAGAAUGGAAGAUGGAUGCGGUUACUGGAAUGUGAACUGCUUUCUUGCUUUCUUUCUUUCUCGGUUCCUGUUUUGUAGUUUUAAUUUACUUUAUAAUAAUAAUAACAGACGAAGAAGAAGAGAAGAACGCCGGGGGUUUUUACGCCGGCGAAUUUUGGGUGCGCUAUUCGGAGUCUGCCGGUGAUGGAUUUUUGUCUCUUUGUCUCCUUCAUUUUUUCU